AUGUCUGCUCCUACGCCUCUCAUGGAAGUCUACAAGGACGUAAUGGUGGUCGUUCCCGUUGGUGACGUCGACGCCGUGGACUUCACAAAGAUGCCGGCCAUUGGCACAGACUGCCUCAACGGCGGCACCGUCAUCGUCCUGGCCUGUCCGCUGGAAGCCAUUCUGGCGCACAUGCCCCGCCUGCCGCCGUCGCCGUCCGACCAUGCCCUGACGGUCUCCAUGGACGAGCUACAGCGGAUCCUGAGCGAGGUGGGUGCGCGGUAUGCGAACAUGCAGGCGGACGGCCAAGGCCAUCAUUUACGGGCGCAGGACACGGUGAGCAUGGUGGUCGCCGCCCAGGACGGCAACGGCGAGCUGCAGGCGCCGCACCAUGUGGUGGCGAUUGUGUCGGAGCUGCGGGCGCUGGGACUGGCGCCGACGAUCCACCCAUACGAGACAGAGGCUCUGCCCGAGGACAACAGCUCGCUGAUGGUGGUCUCGCUGGACUUUGGCGACGGCCAGGAGCUGCCCAGGCUCUACGUAGCGGACGAGCUCGUCCACUGGGAGUACUAG